AUGUUAAACUUAAAAUAACUUUUAAUUGCACUACAUCUCAUCACAAUAAUACUUUAUUUUAAUCGAUUGCAAUAUUCAAUCUAAGAGAUAUUACAACAUUAGAGCAUCUACUCUUAUAAACUUGUAAAUGAUUAUUCUGCUCAAUCUAUUAAACUUGUUUAUUAAUCUAUUGGAAUAUCCUUGGCUUUUUACAUGAUUUUCACAGCCUCUUACAUCAUUCAAUUAAUAGUAUUGUUUUUCAGAAGUAAUAAAAACUUAAAUCGAUACAUAUAUUAUCACAUUUAUUUAUUAAUACUCCUUUAUACUGUAGGCUAAUUAGUAUAAAUUUAUUAUUACAAUUUUCAAGAAGAAUUGACUAAAUUAACAGCUUAUUAAAAUGAGGAAAAUAAAUAGGAUGCUAUCAAAGAUCUGCAAGAAGAAGGUCAACUUGCAUAAACUAUUUGGUAAUUAUAUUUUAUGUUUACUGUGAUCAUAAUCGUUGUCUUAAAAAUUACUUAUUUGUAUUUUGGAUUGCACUAAUAUGCCUAGUUUAUGGAAAUCGAAUUAUGA